AUGCGCAUGCAAGCGCUGCGCGCUCUAGGCUCUGUGCUUUGCAGCCUGCAGAGAGGCUAUGAGGCUGAGCAGCUGCACAGAGCAGCUCUGCGGGAGCUUGAGGAAGGCGAUGUUUCAACAAGCAGCACAGCAGUGGCAAUUUGUAAGCAGGGCCUGGCAGAGGCGAUAAUGGCCGAGAGGCCUCGCUGGCGGCGGAAGGAAGAUGCAGCAGAGGCAGAAAACUUGCUGAGAGAGGCGCUGGCAACUUUCCAACAGGCGCCCAUGGAGCCCUCCCUAAUUGCCGACCUGCAUGCGGUGCUGGCAAUAUCGCUGCGCGUGCAAAUUAGAUUUGAAGAGGCAGUUCUGGUGCUGGAGGAAGCUUGCUCAGCGCUGGAGAAGAUCCCAGAUGCUUUUGGUGAGCUGCAGAGGGAUGUACGAGCUGAGCAGUUCAUGGGAAGUGCACUGGAAAACUGGGAACAUGUUGAACAUGUACCCUCCAAAAUGGAUCCUUUUGGCUUUAUUGACGCCAGAGCCUUUCUGGUGAAGAACCUGUUCCACCAGGGAAAGCAGGACGAGGGCAGACAGGUGCUGAGGAAGCUACAGGAAGAUGUGGUGGCAGACAGCAGAAGGCCAUAUGCUGAGAAGGCUCGGUGGUCGGCCAUUGACCGAAUAAUCAGCGUAGGACUCAAAGCAGAGUCUUUUGAGAUGUGCCACAUGGUGAUGCAGCAUCUGCAGCACCCGCAGAACCAAUGGGCGUACCACAAGCUUGGAGAGUGCUACGCAGAGCUGGGCAUGGCUCUUUUCGAGUUGGAUCACGAAGAAGAAGCAUGUGCGGCCUUGCGGCGAGGAAUGGAGUUCUUGCCUCUGGCUGGAGACACUGAUUGGGAUGUCAUGCUGCUCUGCCUGAAUGGCUGCUCGGCAGUUUUUUCUCUGGACGAAGCAAGGCAAGAGGAGGCAGAGCAGAUGAUGUACGAGGGACUCCGCCUGAUAAGCGAAGGGUACACAUCCAAGAAUUUCUAUGCUAAAAACAGAUGGCGGGACAGCCUCGUGAGGCUCUUCUUCAAGCAGGGAAAUCAUAUGAAGGCUGCUGAGCUGCUGAGGGACGUUGUGCAAGAGCAGAAGAGGUCCCCUCAGCCCAACGGCUCAGAGGUCUGGCAGUACAGGCUGGGGGAGGCGCUGCAUCUAGCAGGGGAUUACGAAGAGGAGGAAAAGGUCCUGUGGGAUGCAGCAAAAUCACUAGCAUCCCUGCAGGAAGUUGGUGAAGACAGCGAGGCGCACAUUGUGCUCCUUGGAGAUGUGUAUCAUGCCAUUGCCGGCCUCGUAUGCGCGCGAGGGAAGCUGGAGGAAGCUACGGAGCUGCUGCGAAACGCUGUCAUUGUCACUCAUGCAAAACUGGGAAUGGAUCAUGACAUGAGCAAGAUACUGCAGGAUAGGCUCGCGGAAGUCAUGUAUGUCAAGCUUCAGGGGUGCGGCGGCUUUGACCCGGACUUCAAUUUCUACAGGGAGCACCCUGUCAGAUAG